AAAUUUGUUGUGUUAUGUUUAUGAUAUUUAGGUUUAUUGUAAUUUAGGUCGGUUCUAUCUUUACAAAAAGGAAGUGGAAAGAAGUCACUUUCCAAAGAAUCUGUGGGAGAAGGUUAAGCUUUCGCUGAACACCGACGAAGCCUUGGAGCAGAUCAAUGAGCAGUUGCUCUACUGGCCACGGUUCAUACGCAGCAAAUGCAGGCGCCGUCUUCGGCGUAUUCAUCAGGUACUCAUCCGCACGCGACGCCUGAGACUCAAGUCUAGGUAUGUGUUUUUGUUUGUUUGCUUGUUUUGAAU